AUGUCAAAAACCACAGCAGACACCAAAUCUCUCUAUCCUCACAUAGCUCUCAUUCCAAGCGCCGGAAUGGGCCACUUGCUUCCCUUUCUCCGAAUCGCUUCCACGCUUCUAUCUCGCAAUUGCACCGUCACAUUGAUCACGGCAAAGCCAAUUGUUUCCGCCGCAGAAUCCUCCCACAUCUCCGCCUUCCUCUCUCAACAUCCACAAGUCAAACAUGUUGACUUCCAAACUAUACAAUCCCACAACCCCACCGCAGAUGACCCUUUCUAUCUUCAAUAUGAGUCCAUCACGCGCUCUGCUCACCUUCUAUAUCCCUUGCUGUCCUCUUCCUCGCCGCCUUUCUCCGCUAUCUUCGCAGAUUUUUUUGUAGCUUCAAGUAUAACGCCAAUGGCCGCCGAGCUUGGCAUACCAAGCUACAUUAUUUGCACCACCUCCAUUAAAUUCUUUUGCCUAAUAGCAUACCUUCCUGUACUUGUAACCGAUCCUGCUAAACUUGGUAACAGUUCUACGGAGCUCAUUAUCCCGGGUUUGACCCCUUUUCCCGUAUCAAGCAUUCCUUCACCAUUCAAGAAUCCAAAUCACCUCUUCACCAGAUGUUUAGUUCUGAACGCUAAAGAAUUUUCAAAAGCCAAAGGAAUCAUAGUGAAUUCCGUUGAUUUUUUCGAAAAAGAAACUCUUGAAGAAAUAAAAAACGGAAGAGUUUUGGAGAACUCUCUCCCAUCAUUCCUCCCAAUAGGGCCAUUGGCAUCAUUUGAAAUUAAGAAGGACAAGGGUGAGUACAUGUCAUGGCUGGACAACCAACCUGAGGAGUCUGUGGUUUAUGUGAGUUUUGGGAGCAGAACAGCAAUAUCAAGAGACCAAAUAAGAGAAGUGUCAAAGGGACUGGAGAGGAGUGGACAUAGAUUUCUUUGGGUGGUUAAAAGCACCAAGAUUGAUAAAGAGGACAAGGAUGAGCUGAAAGAUCUGCUAGGUGGUUCUUUUUUGGAAAGAACAAUGAACAAGGGAAUGGCAGUGAAGGGAUGGGUGAGUCAAGAGGAGAUUUUGGCACAUCCUUCAAUUGGUGCUUUUGUGAGUCAUUGCGGUUGGAACUCGGUGAUCGAAGCAGCUCGGCAGGGGGUUCCUAUGGUGGCUUGGCCACAGCAUGGGGAUCAAAAGGUGAAUGCAGAGAUUGUGGAGAAAGCAGGACUGGGAAUAUGGGAAAGGAACUGGGGUUGGGCUGACCAAGCUGAGUUGGUGUGUGGAGAAGAGAUUGGGGAAAAGAUUAGGGAGGUAAUGGAAGAUGAGAAGCUGAGGGAAAAGGCUAAGAAAGUAGGGGAAGAGGCUCGGAAGGCGACUAAGAUUGGUGGGAAAUCUGAGAAGGUGCUCAAGGAACUCUUGGAAUUAUUGCAGUAG